AUGGCAAAAGAAUGUAUUGAAUGUAAGGAUGGCAUUUUUAAUGCUGAUGAAACAGGAGUUUUCUUUAAAUGUUUACCCAACAAAACACUAGCAUUUAAAGGACAAAAAUGCCAUGGUGGCAAAAACAGCAAGGUACGAAUUACAGUUAUGGUUGGAAGUAAUAUGAGUGGGACUGAAAAGCUUAGGUUGCUAAUCAUUGUGGACUAUGAGUUUAAUAAAAAAGCAUGGAUGAUAAGUGAGAUUUACGAAAAAUGGCUAUUAAAGCUUGAUAAGAAAUUUGCAGCCCAAAGAAGAAAAGUUUUACUAUUCGUUGAUAAUUGUCCUGCACAUCCCAAGUCUGUUGAAUCUAAGUUAAAAAAUAUUAAACUUGAAUAUUUUCCGCCUAACCUUACGUCAAUCUUACAACCCAUGGAUCAAGGAAUUAUAAAAAAUUUGAAGCAACAUUAUAGGAAGCGGAUUGUUAUGAAAGUUUUAGCCCAUAUGGAAGUGGCAACUCCUACAACUGUGACGUUACUUGACGCAAUUCAAGAUCUUAAUAAAACGUGGACUCUGGACGUAAAAGAACAAACCAUUGCUAAUUGCUUUAGAAAAGCAGGAUUUGUUAAAGAUAAAGUUCAACAAGAUGCUGAUAACUGGGACGAGGAUGACCUUGUUCCAUUAUCUGAAUUAAAAACCCUGUGGACCUCAUACAGAAGGGCUAUAAACAUGAGUGAUGUUUCAUUUGAAGACUAUGUGACGACUGAUGAUAAUGUACAAACAACAGGUUCUCCAACUGAUGAAGAGAUCCUAGAAAGCGUAAUAGAAAAUCUUGUUCCAAAUAAAAAAGACCCUGAAGAAAAUGAAGAUGAUGGCCAAAGCGAAGGUGAGACUAUUCCGACACCUACAAUUGACGAGACGAUUUCUGCUAUUGAAAAGAUAAGAUGUUUUAUUUUAUCCAGAGAAAAUAUUCCAUAUGAAAUACACAAUUCUUUAAAUUUAUUAGAAGAAUUUAUAGAUAAGGAAAAAUGGACCAAUUUCACAAAAAAAAAUAACUGA